AUGACAGCAGCACCACGUGUUGCGUGGAAGGAUAAAAAGGCAAAGACCCCUGUUGUCGUUGUCUCCACUCACGCAACUGCUCAUCAUAUGGAGGAGCAUCAAACAAGCAGAGGACGACUAGCCCACAAACCCUCGGUCGUCCAUUCCGACAACGACAACAUGAAUGGAUGUGACAGCGUCGACCAAAAUGCUGGCUAUAACAGCGUGUUUGAAAGAAAAACAUACAAGUGGCGGAAAAAGCUGUUCCAUUGGAAAGUGGAACUUGUUCAGUUGAACGCUUUGGUUUUGUACAAUGAAACGCGCCAACAACGUGUCAGUCUCAUUACAUUAAAAAAGAUGCUGAUCUCUGAGCUUGUUAACCAGGCAGUGGACAUGAUGCAACAGAAACAGGGCUCCUGCCAUGGACUCCCCACCAAAAAGGAGGUUUCAAGAAAAAAUUCUUAA